AUGAACGAAAAUAAAAAUAAAAAGAGUUACAAAAGAAUUUCGCCUCAUCAAGGAAACAAUGAGGAUAAUUUGAAAAUUCGUAAAAAGAAAAAUACAAAAUCAAUUCAAGAUGAUUCGAAUAAUGAGAAAAAUGAUCAAUUUUUUUCUCAAACAAAUUUGACGAAUCAAUCCGAACAAAUUGAUGAAAUUCCCUUUCACAAACCUCACAAGAAACUUCUCGAAACUCUAGAAGAGAAGAAAGAAUUUCCUGAACCACUUAAUCAAGUGAAAAAUAAGGAAACAAUGAAAUCAACAAUUCAUUUAGCGGAACGAGAGAAAAAAGAUGAGGAUUAUUCUUCAUUAAAUGGACAUUCUUGGCAGAAAACUGUGAGCAUUCAAGUCAAACCAAAAGGAAAAGUGCUUCUCGACGAUCAGAAAAUUGACGAGAACAAAAAAUCUCAACCGCCAAAAAUUGCCGAUCAAUUGGAAUUAAUUCGAAAAUUAACAACAGAUUCGUCAAUUGAUUUUUACUAUAUGAUUUAUGCAGUCGAGAGAUCUUCGAAAUUUUUCACACCUUAUGCAUUCAAACUAGUGCCUUAUGAAGAAAUUAGCAAAACAUUUAUGACAAUCAGCGCAAAUGGAGUGACAAAAUACAGUCCGGAUGAAAUGAUCUUCACUCCAAUUGAAUUAUGGGAGAGAGAAUAUAAAGAUUAUAUGAAAAUCGCAAAAAUCAAAACAUUCACAAUUUUUUCCAAAUGGAAGGCAUUUUACGUUUGGAGAAAGUCAAUAUCGUGGAGAAAAUUUAAUGCAGCAAGGGAUUAUUUAAUGGAAAAUCUUUUUGUAUCACAUUCAAUAUUAAGUGAAACUCUUCUUGAAAUUAAUACCAUGUGUAUGCAAUUUUUACACGUUUCUCUCGUUGAUACGAGUGUUUUUGAGAAAUUGCCUCUUUUUCUCUUCACGGAAAUACAAUUCGCUAAACUCGAAGACAUUAGGAGCAAAUUGGACAGUUUUAGAGAGACAACCGCAAAAUUAGUGAGAGAUGCCUGUUUGAAAACUCUCUUGGAAGCUGGAUAUACGCCCGACGAUUCGAAUAUAACUAUCGAGCAAACUGAAUUUGGACAAUUAGGACGUUUCGCAGGGACAAAAUUUAAAAUGCCAAAAGAUGGCAUUUUGAAAAUGAGUCACAUUGAGCAGGCGAGAAAAAGGGAGAAAUGCUAUCGACUAUCUUGUUUUAUUCAACUGAUUGAUUAUCUACAAACGAAUAUGAUGCAGAAUUUGCUCUACAAUACGUAUAAAAUUUUGCUGGACACUCUACAAGAAAGUUGUCCCUAUUUUGUGGUAGACUUGGUAAUUUCCUUGGAAUUUGGAAUCGCUUUGGAUCCAUCUGAAGAAAUUUUCUGGCACGUCAUUAAAACAAUUCAAUCAAUGUGGGAAGAAAAUUUAUUUGAGAUAAAGCCUUUUCUAUCUGAUCCAUUCUUCGAUAUUUUCACCAGGCCAAUGAUAAAUCACAAAAUUGAAAAUCGAAUAUCGGGAAAGCCACCGGAAAUAUUGACGAUAAUAAACAAUGAUUGUCCCAUGAAUGAUUUGAAGAGAAAAUUUGAAGAUAUUUUAAUUGAAAAUUUCCAAAUUGUCAGACAAUUUUCAAGGAAAUUUAGUGAAAUUGAGAAAUUUUUUCACGAGGACAUGAAUGAAAAUGAAGUGAUUAUAAGAGAAAAUGAGGAGUGUUCAAUUUUUCGUGAAUUAUGCGCAAGAUAUCAGAGUGAAAUAAAAAUAAUUUCCCAAGUAGAGGAAGAUGAAAUUUCGGGGAUAUUUUUCAUUAAAUUAGGGAGAUUUAAAUUUUUGUCUCUACCUGCUCCCACUCAAAAGUGGAUUGUUAUCGAAAAAGUAAUUCCCAGUUUGGGUAAAAAGAGAGUCGACGCGCUUCUGAAUGAAGCUGAUGAAGCCAUUAAUUAUUUGGACACAAAUCCAGUGACAACUGAUGAUUUCGUCGCUUAUAUUAAUUUUGUCGAUCAAGCGCAAAAUAAUGUGAAUCGAAUGGAAGUGGAAUUGGAAUACGUAAAGGAAAUUUACGAUAUUAUGGAAGAAUAUCAAAUUCCUGUUCCUGCAAUGGACGCUGUUAAUUAUUCAGGAAUAAGUGAUCAAUUCAAAGUUUUGUGCUCAGCCGUUAAUAAAAAAUUGGAGCAUCGAGAAAAAUUGAUAGGCAAAUUUAAUGUUCAAAUACAAAAGGACAUCGAUGUUGUUAUUAAUAAAAUUACAGAUAUCAACGAUGAAGCAACUGUGCCAAUCGUGGUUGUUGGACGCUGA